AUGGCGGUGGACGAGAUACCGAAUAAUUUCUUCAUGAUGGAUGAGGCAUACGAGUACUCGGCUCCCCAGUUUUAUGAUUUCAUACACGGGGAAACUGAUGAAGAUCGCCGCAAGGCCGAGCUCUGGUUUGAAAUUACCGUAUCCCAUGCCCCUUCUCCAUUUAUGCCGAGAAUUAAGGCAAGCAGAUCAGUUCAACUGCAAAGUCUCUGCAAUUUUGGUGCGGAUGAGCAACUACAGAAGGCAACAGAGCCAGUAGAAACAAUAACCACAUCAAAUAAUACAGAGGAAGCAGUUUCAGAGCAACCAAACUUAACAAAGUCUCAAGAAGAGCUUGUGCCAGAACCCAAGGAAGAAGCUGGUACAAAUCUUGCUACAGUGAAUUUCGAUCUUAAGAAGGCAUUAGACGUUGAAGCUGUACGUGCUGAGAACAAUGAAAGCAUUUUAGCAAGUGAAAACUCCUCUUCCCCUGCAAAAGCUGCCCAAGUGACAGACGUUUGCACCCCAGCACCAGUGAAUCAAACUGAAACCAGAAAUCGUCAGACAGCCAAAAAGAUAGCCAGUAUGCUUAGAAAUCCUUCAACACUAAAUCCAAAGAAUCGGCUACAUAAAUCACUAGCCAAAAGUAGUAAACCAGCUACUGCUACAAGGGACACGAAGGUGAAGAACACUGUUGGAACUCUUAAUUUUGCUCAAGAAAACCAAGCAAUAAAGAGGCAAAAGCUCGAAGGAGGAAAAUCCCGACAGAUUCUUACUAUCAGCAAGCCUCCAAACCUACAUCACAAAUCGAAACCUAGCUCUGAUAGCAAUCCUUCCAACUUAUCCUCUACAACGAUGAAAACUCGUAAAGAAGACAGAAAGAUGUAUGUUCGAGAACCAGCAGCCCCGUUUGUUUCCAUGGCAGAAAUGAUGAAGAAAUUCCAAUCUAGCACAAGGGAGGUUUCUCUUACUCGCAUGAGCAGUUCACAAUCAGUGAAUGAAGCUGCUGGAACAAUGCGGAGGAAGCCUAAGCUCACACUAACACGGCCCAAGACACCUGAAUUUGAAACAUCUCAGCGGGCAAGAUCAGUGAAAAUUAAGAGUUCAGAUGAGCUCGAGGAAGAAAUGAUGGCUAAAAUGCCCAAAUUUAAGGCUCGUCCAUUAAAUAAAAAGAUCCUGGAAGCACCAACAGUACCAGUAUUGCAAAGAAGUACACCCCAGCCUAUAGAAUUUAAGGAAUUCCGUUUGGAAACAAUGUCAAGAGCCAUGCAGAGUUCAGAAAUAUCUACUAUAGCUUCGACAGAAUCAACACAGAACUGUCAUCAAUGGAAACCUCACCAUCUUACGGCACCAAAAUCACCACUUCUUCAAACAUCUCUGCGAGCGCGUCCCCCCAAGAUAAAGAGUUCUGAGGAACUAGAAAAGGAGGAACUUGAAAAAAUUCCCGAAUUCAAGGCAAGACCUCUGAAUAGAAAGAUAUUUGAAAGUAAAGGGGACAUGGGGAUAUUCUGUAACAUGAAGAAGCAGGUUACUAUACCUCAUGAAUUUCACUUUGCAAUAGAUAAAAGGAUUCCUCCACCACCACCAGCUGCUGUUGUCGAUCUAUUCGACAAGCUUUCUAUAAACUCAGAACCUCACCACGAUAAGCCUUUUCCGAGAAUUACUACCCCAAAUCCAUUUCAUCUCCACACAGAGGAAAGAGGGGCCGAGAAAGAGAAUAGAAUCGUAAUGGAACUAGUGCAGAAACAGCUUGAAGAAGAGAUGGCUAGGAUUCCAAAAGCUCUUCCCUAUCCUUAUACAACUGAUUAUCCCAUGAUUCCACCAAAGCCAGAGCCAAAGGCAUGCACGAAACCUGAACCUUUUCAACUAGAAAGUCUGUUAAGGCACGAAGAGGAGAUGCAGAGAGAAAUAGAAGAAAGGAGGAGGAUUGAGAUGGAAGAAGCUCAGAUGAGAGUAUUUAAGGCCCAACCUAUCUUGAAAGAAGACCCUAUUCCCGUUCCUGAUAAAGCUCGCAAGCCCUUGACAGAAGUUCAGGAGUUCAAUCUACAUGUAGAUCACCGAGCUGUUGAUAGAGCCGAAUUCGAUAAGAAGAUUAAGGAGAAAGAAAUUAUAUAUAAAAGAUAUAGAGAGGAGGCGGAAUCUGCUAGGAUGAUGGAGGAAGAGAAAGCCUUGAAACAGUUGCGAAGAACGCUAGUUCCCCAUGCAAGACCAGUGCCUAAAUUCGACAAUCCUUUCUUACCACAAAAGUCUGGUAGAGAAGUUACAAAAGCGAAGUCCCCAAAAUUACAUGUUGAUCGAAGAAAAGAGAAGCGAAGAGUAGUGCGUUCAGCGGUACCAGUGGCCAGCACUGCCUCUCAUAUGAGGUGA